AUGAAGAUCUAUGAUAUUAUUGAUAAUAUAUUUAAAAUAAUUUCUGCAUACAGAAUGAGUAUCACCUAAGACUCGAAAUAAGAAAAUGCACUCAACCGGACCUAGAGCGAAGUAAUUACAUAACAUAAUAUAAUUUCAGACAAAAUUUGAAUGGACCCCUUAAAGAUAGGAAAAACUCAAAGAGCUCCAUAUUUAGUAGCAAGGGAACUGGAAAUCUAUAAGUGCGUUAUUAGAUGGUCCUACGCCAUUAGAAUGCAUGUAUAAAUGGCAAUAGCUCCAUCCAAAUUAAGUAGAUUGUGUUUAUAAGCUUAGGCUCCUUCGAGACAGUUGUGGACUUCUUAAGAGGAUGAAUAAUUGAAAGAAUUAGUUUAAAAGUUUGGUAAAAAAUGGAGUAAGAUCUGUACAGUAAUGGAUUGGAGAACAGGAAAAUAAGUGCGAGAGCGUUAUUUAAAUUAAUUAUAAGGCACAAUAAAUUAAGAUAAGUGGACGGAAGAAGAGGAUAAGUUGAUCCUGAAAUUGUAUAGGAAAUUCGGAACUAAAUGGAGUUAUAUUUCUAGUUUUUUAAAAGGAAGGCCUGUAAUUAUCUUAUUUUUAUAGAUAUAGGAAAACAUGGUUAAAAAUAGAUACUAUGCCAACCUUAAGAGAAGAUACUAAUGUGAUCUAGAUGAUUCUGAUGAUGAUGAUUUUGAAGAAGAUUCUAUUUCUUCCUAAGAAGAUGAUAAAAUUAAACUUUUAAAAAGAAGAAGAUUACCAAUACCAAAAAGGGAAGAGCCAAAAUCUAAAAAAAUUUAAACAUAAGAGGCUUGUUCAGAAAAUUGUUAAAUAUUAACAAGAUCAAAAGUGAAUAAACAAAAAGAUGAAAAUAGUUAGAAAAUAGUCAGUUCUAAUGAGGAUCAAAAUAUUAAAAAUACUAGUGGUAUUUCUAUUUAAAUAUUCAUAAAGGAUGCUAAAAUAUUACAUCUAAUUUGAACGAUCAAGUUCUAAAUAUCAAAGAAGAAAAUUAAUAAUAGAUAAAUCAUAAUAAUUUUAAUUCUAUAAUACUUUAAUAGUCUUAACAACCUUUUAAAUCUUAUUAAGAUUCCCCAAUGAUCCUCAAUACUAAUGUCUUCCAAUAAUACAUAAAUAAUAACAUGCCUUUGAAUGAAUCAAGUUCAAAAAUCAUUUAAGAUUAAAAUUCACUUCAACAGCAAUUACGACAAAACAAAUAAUAGCCAUUCAAAAUCCCAUAAUUACCUUAUGUAAUUAAUCAAUACCCAGGGAUUCAAAUGAGGAACCCAUUUCUAGGGUUUGUAUCUCCAUAACAACAGUAUUUAUAUUAGUUGCCAUGCUAAUCUAAUUAGAUGAAUUAUUUGAAUAAAUGGAACGAAUUCUCAACAUUUUACAAUAAUUAAUUAUUGUAGAAUGGCUUGUAACCAUGA